UACGCGCUCUUCCGGUUUCCGGUCGGCUCCCGCCCCAUUCCGCCAUCAUGAAGUCCUGAACAAAAAGCGAAUGAGACAGAAAACAGGAAUGGGCUUGUCUGUGACAGAAUGAGGUGAAUUAACGAAUGACACCGACGGCAUGUCAAAACCUGAAGACAAUACGACCGGAAGAGGUGGAAUAUCGGAAUGUAAUUUGAAGUGUUUAUCUGAUUUGCUUGACAGCCAGCUGAUUGUGUCCGUUAACGGUUAACAGCGGUAUUAUUUAUUACAAACUAAUGAUUGGAAAAAAUACCGGAUACUCAUCAAGAUCAUUACAAUUAAAAUAGAUGGAUCGCUAAUCAAAUCGAUGAGGACUCUGUGUGUGAAGUGAGAACGGAGAAAAAGAGGCCAGAUUUUCCUCAGGCCAGAGAGCUAGCUGACUUUAGCUAGCUACAGUGGAUCCCAUAAACCACGGCGCUGGCCAUGCCGUCGAGUGUGCGGGCUGGGAAUCUAAAGGACCCAGAAGUGGCUGAACUUUUUUACAAGGAGGAUCCGGAGAAACUCUUCACAGACCUACGAGAGAUCGGCCAUGGCAGCUUUGGAGCCGUCUACUUUGCCCAUGACAUCCGCACCAAUGAGGUGGUGGCCAUUAAGAAGAUGUCUUACAGUGGCAAGCAGUCUAAUGAGAAAUGGCAGGAUAUUAUCAAAGAGGUAAAGUUCCUUCAAAAGCUGCGGCACCCCAACACUGUGGAGUAUAGAGGCUGCUACCUGCGAGAACACACAGCAUGGCUGGUGAUGGAAUACUGUUUGGGUUCGGCCUCAGAUCUGUUGGAAGUGCACAAGAAACCAUUGCAGGAAGUGGAGAUAGCAGCAAUUACCCAUGGUGCAUUGCAGGGCUUGGUAUACCUUCACUCACACAACAUGAUUCACAGGGAUGUGAAAGCAGGUAACAUUUUGUUGACAGAGCCUGGCCAGGUCAAACUAGGAGACUUUGGCUCUGCCUCCAUUGUUGCUCCAGCCAACUCAUUUGUGGGCACUCCUUACUGGAUGGCUCCAGAGGUAAUCCUCGCCAUGGAUGAAGGCCAGUAUGACGGAAAGGUUGAUGUGUGGUCACUUGGCAUCACCUGCAUAGAGCUUGCGGAAAGAAAGCCGCCUUUAUUUAACAUGAAUGCUAUGAGUGCCUUAUACCACAUAGCCCAGAAUGAGAGCCCAGUCCUGCAGUCCAAUCACUGGUCGGAUUAUUUCCGUAACUUCGUAGACUCUUGUCUGCAGAAGAUUGCCCAGGACAGACCUACCUCUGAUGUGUUGCUUAAACAUCACUUCCUAUGUCGCGAGCGUCCAGUAACUGUGGUAAUGGAUCUGAUAGCGCGCACUAAAGAUGCCGUAAGGGAAUUAGAUAACCUGCAAUACCGAAAGAUGAAAAAGAUCCUUUUCCAGGAAACACACAAUGGGCCCGCUACUGAGGGUACAGAGGAAGAAGAGGAUGUAGAGCAGUACAUGUUGCGGACAGGAACGGUUAAUAGCAUGGAAAGCUCGCAUUCCCUGCCAUCCAUGUCAAUUAGUGCCAGUUCCCAGAGUUCAUCAGUAAACAGCCUGGCCGAUGGUUCAGAUGACAGUGGUGAGAUGGCUAUGAUGCAGGAGGGCGAACAUACGGUGACCUCUAACAGCUCUGUACUGCACAAACCUCUGAACCACGACAACAUUUACGAUGACCCCUACCAGCCAGAGAUAGACUCUCAGCAGCAGGGCCCCUCUGGGGGUCGUAGACGAAGGGGACGCGAUCACUUUGCCACCAUCCGCACAGCUUCUCUGGUGACUCGUCAGAUCCAGGAGCACGAGCAGGGUUCAGCGCUCCGAGAACAGAUGUCCGGGUACAAACGCAUGAGGAGGCAACAUCAGAAACAGCUGAUGGCUUUGGAGAACAAACUGAAGGCAGAGAUGGAUGAACAUCAGCUCAGGCUCGACAAGGAGCUGGAGACACAAAGGAACAACUUUAGCAGCGAGGCAGAAAAGCUCAACAAAAAGCAUCAAGCCAUCCUGGAGAAAGAGACUAAGGCUACUCUUGGAGAUGAGAAGAAGUUUCAGCAGCACAUCUUGGGCCAGCAGAAAAAGGAGUUGACCAGUUUAAAUGAGGUCCAGAAACGGCAGUAUAGACAGCGAAAGGAACAGCUCAAAGAGGAACUCAAUGAGAAUCAGUCCACACCAAAGCGAGAGAAACAAGAGUGGCUGGUUCAGCAGAAGGAGUGUCUCCAGCAGCUCCAAGCAGAAGAAGAGGCAGGGUUGCUACGACGACAGAGGCAAUACUAUGAGCUGCAGAGUCGUCAAUAUAAGAGGAAGAUGCUGCUAGCCCGCCACAACUUGGAGCAGGACCUGCUCAGAGAGGACCUGAACAAGAAACAAACUUUGAAGGACCUGGAAUGUGCCAUGUUGCUCCGACACCACGAGUCCACCCAAGAGCUGGAGUUUCGGCAGCUGGGCCUGGUGCAGCACACGCGAGCCGAAUUGAUCAGGACGCAGCAUCAGACCGAGCUCACCAACCAGAUGGAGUACAACAAGCGUCGUGAACAAGAGCUGCGGCAGAAGCACGCCGUGGAAGUUCGCCAGCAGCCCAAGAGCCUGAGAGUGAGUGACUGUGACAUCACAGAGAACAUUACAGAAGGGCCUCUGAGAGAAGGGGAGGAGACUAGUGAAGGGGAGGGGCAUUGCGUUGAAGGGGUGGGGCCAAAGGAAAUGCUAGAGGCUAAAGAACUGCGAGAUGAAGAAAAGAUAGAUGGAGAUGAAGGGCAGACUACAGGUGCUUUUGAAGAGACAGCUGAGGAAGAGAAGAGGGAAGUAAGUGAAGGAAAUGUAAGUUUGAGUAAUGACCAAAUAUUUACUGACCAACGUCAAAAGAUAGACAGUGAAGGAAACGAAGAGGAAGCCAAUAUUGCGAUAGAAGGAAGUGCAGAAGGACAAUCAAAGGUGACAUUUGAGGUCAAUAAGGGAGAAGGCCAAACUGACAUAGAUGAAGGAAGUGAUCCGAGACGAGAAGGGCUUGGGUGGGAGGUGGACAAUGAUGGUGAAUCAGAGAGCGAGGAAGAGGAUAGAGGCGUGGCUGACGGCUGUCCCUCAGAGUUAAUGCUCGGACCUUCUUUCGAGCGUCCCCUUCGUGACCGCGAUGCAGAUGAACUCUCAGAGUUCUACUUCCCGGAUACUUUGGAGGAACUUGAACCGCCGCCCAUCUAUGUACCUCCCUCCCCCACUUCCUCCUCAUCCCAGCCCUCUUUUACCUCGCUUUUCUCGCACGCGAUUUGUCUUUCUCUUUCGCUCUCCACCGCCGUACAGCCAUCUGUCCUCACGCUACUUUUCCUUUCCAUCUAUCUUCUUUCUCUCCGUCGCUCGCCGCCUCUUCCCACUCUUGCUUCUAUUCUUCUCUCGGGUGAACUUGCCUUCCUGGCCCUCUUCUUUUCAUACUUACUCCUGCGUUCUUGUAGCGCUCUCUCGUUUUCCACAUACCUUUCUUUAACUUACUGGGGCUUGGGUUUGUUCAGCUUGGGUCUGUCGCUAAGCCUGGGGCUCUAUUAUGUCCCUGUAGCCCUGAUCUCCGCAUCGUUCCUCAGCUCACCUUCGCUUUUUCUCACUCUGUACCUCAUUGUGGUGCUUGUGGUCCGCCCAGCUAGGGUCUUCCUCCAGAACGCCCCACGUAAACUCAAUCGCUUGUGGAUGCGCGUUCUCUUCCGCCUGCCGAAGCCGCUCUUUACCGUUUGCCAGUCGCUCCUGGGUGGACUUGCUGAGCGUAACCUCUACGACAUGUUCCCUAAAGCUGGCCGAAACUGGGGUGGGCGGCAGUCUCGAAUCCCUGUGCCUUUAAAGAGUCUUCCUCCUGAGUUUCAGGCUAAAAGGAAACGUGCCAUCUUGUUUUCACGGUAUGUGCUUUUGUGCAGGCGGUUUGUAAGGCGACCUUUAGGCACUUUAACAGACUUGGCUAACUCCCUAGUGCUUCGGUUAGCCAAACGUGUACUUCGAGAACUGCCGCAGAAUUACCUGAAAAGGAUGCAGACGUUCGGUUUGCUCCGCAAAGAAAAAGCAAGCAAGCUGCCGAGGCUUCUGCCCAGAGCUGUGAGGGAACAUAAGCGCAGGAUGAGAGAGAGGAGAGAGAAGGAGAGGAGGAGAAGGGAGGAGAGUGAGAGAAUAUACAGGGAUGAGGGGAGGUGGGAAAGCGUGUUGAGGAGGACACCCUCGGGGCGGAGUUUGAGAGGAAAAAUGCCAUGGAGAUAGAGAGUCCUGGUAAAGGAAAAUGAGUAUUAUCUGUGAUCUUUGUGAGCAUGCACAUUCCAUUCAUCCAUUACUGUGCAUUUUCCCUUUUUUUGUGAUUUUACUUUUCUUUGCUCACAUGCACUCUUCAUUUGUGCAGGGAAAUACUCAGUCUAUAUUAAUGUACUGUUUUAUUCAACUCUCCCAUUCAUUGUAAGUCACUAAUUGAAUGUAAAUCUCAAGGCAAUAUUGUGCUUUUUGUAAAAGUUAAAUUUUAUUUUAUUAACAGAUAAUUGGCGAUCGAGGCCAUGUUUGUACAAUCUUUUACAAAACUUAACUUUAACUAUAAAUUUGUAUGUUGCAAAACCAGGGCUAACUCUAAACCGCUCUUUGUAAAACUUGUGUUUAGGCCCGAUGAUCAAGCCAUAACAGCAUUGGUUUUGGUUUGAUAAUUGCAAAAUUUACUGCAUCUACAAAAGAUUGCUGCAAUUAAUAGACUGCUUUACACUACAAACCCCCCCCCCCAAAAAAAAAAACUACAAGGUUUACCAAAAGUGCAAUAGAAGUUCUUCUUCAGAAAUAGUUUAACCUUUAGUUUAAUUUUGUUUCCUUUUUCUGUGAAGUCCUCAACACAUUUUGGUGUUGAAAUAGAAACUAGGCUGUAUGUUAUCACAAAAAGUGUUUAAAACCCUUUUAAAGCCCAACUUGAAGCAACAACAUUUCUAUUCAUAUCAUUUUGUGCAGAAAUACAGAAGAUCAGUCCUCUUACUUAUGUUUUAGAGGCAAGACCUCAAACUGCACAAACCUUAUAAGCAAUCACAUACUGAAAUAUAUUAAACUAAAAACUACAGCACACAGUGAAUCGGUGCAUAUUUUUCACUUCAGUACAUAAUCUAAAUUGUUUUUUUUUCUCUCCAAAAUGCUAAAUAUCAGAGAAUUUGACUUUAUUAAUUUAAACACAUCUUAUAACAUGAAGUGAAAUGUUCAUUCCAAAAUGUGGGUGAAUUCUCUUCAAAAAUGAUAUAUGCAAUGUUAUUUAUAAGUAAAUUUUAAAAUAGGAUCCCUCUUUUUACUGUAUUAUUAAAUAGUGAGUUAGCUGAUGUGCUUGUGUAGCACAUAUAGAUAUUAAUAUACUUGAGAUAGCUUAGCCCGCUUUGCACCCACCACGACUACUUAAAUAUAGACUGGUGUGCUAGGCCAUGGGUUGUGCAUUUUUAUUUAUAUAUAUAUAUACACACAGUAUAAUAGUUUUGUUAUUGCACUAGGGGCAAUUAUUUGACCAUAUUUACCAUGUAAACAAGUUGUUUGGUCGUUCUUAUGAAGUGAGUUUAUAUCAAGCAUGUUUAUGCAAGACCUUUCACACCAAAUAUUUGAUUCUUAGAUUAGCCCUAGUUUCUGAUUGUUUGUGUGCAGAGGUAAAUUUUAUUUAUUAUUACUAUAGAUUAUACGUUAUGUGCAAUUUUGCAUAUCAAAGUAUGAAAAGCCAUUGUAACAAUCAUUACUUAAGUUUGGACGAAACGAAUGCAAAAUGACAACCAAAGCUUAAAUGUGACAUACUGUAAGACAUCAAGAGUUUGAU